ACAGGAGAGUUGUUAGAUGGGAUCCGGGUGCCUUUCCUCCACCACAUUUGGAAGAUGCCUCGGUCUUUCACUCAAAAACUUGAUACUUAGACCUGUGGGAAGGACUGAGUCAAAUGCUGUCACCCCUUCUAUAAAUUCGUUCCAUCUGAAUUUGUCAAGGGAUAUUUGCUCUGGCUGGCUUAAAUCACAUCAGUUUGAUGGAGCAGUCCUGCAGUGACAAGAUUGCAGUAGAUAUAGAUCGCAGCAGACUGAAUAAAUGCAGCCUAUCACAAUGCAAGCCCAUGAAUUGUUUCGGCAUCUGCGAAUGCCAGAACUCGACGAUGUAAGGCAGUAUGUACGUACUCUUCCGACAAACACACUGAUGGGGUUUGGUGCUUUUGCAGCCCUGACAACUUACUGGUAUGCCACAAGACCUAAAGCACUGAAACCGCCAUGUGACUUAGCGAUGCAAUCUGUAGAAAUAGAGGGUGGAGAGUAUGCCAGACGCUCUGCACUACUUGAUAAUGAUGAGCCACUUGUUUACUAUUAUGAUGAUGUGAGAACGGCCUAUGAUAUCUUCCAAAGGGGCAUGCAUGUGUCAAACAAUGGACCUUGUUUGGGUGUAAGGAAACCAAAUCAGCCAUAUGAAUGGAUUUCUUACAAGGAGGUUGCAGAAAAAGCAGAAUGUGUUGGUUCAGCUCUUCUUAAUAGAGGCUUCAAACCAUCUCCUGACCAGUUCAUAGGACUCUUCUCUCAGAACAGACCUGAGGUAAUCAAAGAUCAUUAGUCCAAUAAAUCCUAUUAAAAAGAAUGUUUAAAAAUAGAGCUGUAGUGUUCAGUAAAAUGCUUCUAGCGGUGGAGAAUCUGUCCUGAUAGGCAUGAUUCCUGUCCUCCUGUUGCCUUGAGUAAUACUUGAGAUAUUUUUUUUUUGCUUUACCUUGAAAGAUACAGUUUUGCUUACCUUGCCAAAGCUAGUAUUUCUGUAAGUUGCCUGUAAUUCUGCGUUUAAUUGAACCUCAGAAAUCUUGGCAGCAUAAAACUAGCAUAAAUUAGUGCAAUUAACUACUGUUGCUUCUGACAGACCUUUAGAAAUAGUGCAUAGUUAUUGUUGUUUUUAAUAGUACAUGAGUUACAGAUAGGCCACUGUAUUUUUGAGAUUGCAGAUCACAAAAUUGAGUUUUAACUAUGAUAGUUAAGCAUUUUGCCUAUGCAUAUACUGGCUCAGUUUAUUUUUUAUGUUUUUCUUGUAAUUCAUAUGUAUUUGUGAAUUCAAUUUUCAUAAGAAGUUUUCACUAACCUGAUCCAGGAAAAUAGCUGUGAAAGUUAUUAAAUUUUUAUUAAGAAUGUUUAUAAGUUCCCAACCUCUUCACUUAGUGACAUUUAUCUUGCUGUCAUAUUAUCCCUUACUUUAUCAGCUUUACCCAGGAGUUUAUAAUGUUGGAAAUAUAUACAAAUGGUGAAAUAAUAUAUAGUUUUCAUUGCAACAUAUUACUUAGUUAAUCCAUUAAUUUAGAUUCCUAUAAUGCAAUAGCUCUCAAUCUUCAAUAUAAAGAAGUAGUCUAGUUAUGCUCUCUUCUGUGCAGGAAGUUUGAUACAAUGUCUAUUUACCCAUAGUUUUAUACAUACCUUUUUUUUCUAAUUCCUUUGUACUCCAUGUUCAGUAAUCUACGUGCCUAAAAUUAAUCUAGUGUUACAUAUCUAUGUUCAUAUCUUCACCCAUUGUGUGGGCUACAGUGUUAGUCUUUUAUGUCCUAACACAUAAUGACAUUGUAGGUUUCAGCUUGGUCACUAUUUACCAUAAUUAUCUAAUCUACAGAAUCUUUUUUUUACAUGUACACUCAACAGUUUAGCCUAGGAGUGUCAAACUGAAGGCCCACAGGCCGGAUCCAGCCCACAGGAUGCUUAAAUCUGGUCUGUGGGGCUGGCCUGGAAAUAACAAAGGGUACUGGUCCAGGGUGUCUCUGCUGGCCAAAACGCCCCUCAGGCCCCCGCAUGCAGACUGUUUUUGGCCCCUAUGGCCUCCGACAGCAGUCUGGUGGCCAAAAACAGGCCACAGUGGGACCUGUUUUUGGCCCCCACGACCUAAAGCAAUCUGGCAAUUGAAAAUGGGCUCCUACAGCAGUCUGGCAGCCAAAAAUGGGCCACGGGAGGUUCGGUUUAUGUUUCCUUCUCCGCCCCUUGCACUCUAUCUUCCUUCCUGUUGGCUGCUUUACACGUGAUUCCUGGCUUCAGGAAUAUGGAACAGGCCUAAUCCAAAGAGUUUGCAGUAUCUGUGGCUGUAUUGUGAUUUGUUUGGUUUUCACUUACAACUGGAUUGUAUUAUCUCCCCCAUAAUGGUUGUAAACAAUAUAGUGAGCCUAAAAACUUAAAAUACAGAACAUAAUUGGAUGUAGGAUAUAGUAGUAUGCACAAACUGUAAGAUUUUUUUAAUUGCAGUAUGUCAUGUGAAAAUGUCUAGUGGUUAUUUCUAAAUUAUGAUUUACUAUGUAAAGCUCAAAUGGCUGAAUUUACAGAACACAGAGUCAAAAUCAAAUCAUAUUAUGACUGGAUCGUGCAAAUCUGGCAGAUAGAAGGCAGAUGUUGUCAGAUAUGCAUAAAACCCAGUGAAGUCAGUGAGGUUUAAUUGUGUAUCCAGUUGUAGUCCAAAUGGACCUGGAAAUAUUUCUGCACAGCAUGCAUAUUUUCUGAAUCUUUCUAGACAUUUAGCAAUAUAUUGUAAUGAUUUUGUUGUGUUGUACAGUGUUCCUCUUUACAAUAGAUAUCUAGAAUAAAAAAAUAAUGUUUUCAAAAACUCUAUUAAAAAUAAAAAAUGGGAGGUCAGCUAAAGUAUUCUACAUAGAGAUAGUUAAUAUUUCAAAGGACAGAUUCAACAGGGAAAAGGGAAACCUGAGUUGAUAUUGCCUAAGCAUUAACAAAGCGUGUACAGUUUUGUUAUUUGGGGAUGGAGAAGUGCCAUAAAUAAGGCAGAUGGAUUAAUACACGAAGAAGACAAAAAGGAGAUGUGGAUGAAUUAAAGAGAAAUGAAUUGUUUUGCUUAAAAGUAUUUUAAGGUUCUAAAUGUUAAUUUAUCAUUCAACCCAGCAAGUAUAAAUAUAAUACCCUGUGGGUUGUUUAGGUUGUCUUAACCAGAGAUGGGCUUCAAAUCCCGGCACUACUAGUUUACUCGUGCAUGCAUCGCUUCUGCGCAUGCCAGGAAGCUUUUCCUCAUGCACAGAUGCGUCCAGGUGGGCGAACGGAGCCUCCUGCCACUGCCACUACUAAUUCGGCCGAUCCGGGCCGAAUUGGGAGCAACCCACCUCUGGUCUUAACUCACAUUAGGCUUUUAAACAUCUCUGUUCUGACAAUAUUAUGCAUAUAUUCAGAUCUGCUCCUAUACAAAAGAGUCAAGCUCCAUAGCAGCUGGGGACUCUACAUGUCUUUAAUCUCUACAUUAUGGAAUUGAGACUAUUUGUGCCAGAAAGUAAAUCUUACUUUGUCUGGAAUAACUGUUUUGAAUGCAAAGGGGAAAAAUGCAUCUUGAGCCUGUGUCAAACACCCACCAUGGCCACACCCUGACCAUGCUCACCCCGUCACUUUGAGGUCAAACAUGAUCUUGAUGUGUCCCUCAAUGAAAUCGAGUUUGACACCCCUCAUUUAGCCCAUUUAAAGUGCUAAAGUUUACAUUAAAUGGCCAAGUAGGAAACAAAAAGUGUAAAAACUUAGUUCAGAUAUCCUGUACUCUUAACUAGCACUAGCCCUUAGACUUCUAUACCACUAUAUAGAGUGCUACUAGAGCCCUCUUUAAGUGGUUUACAUAGUUUGCAUAUUGCCU